CAGCACUGUUUAGCAUUUAGCUCCUCUGGACCCCAAAGCCAGACUUACUACAUUUGUUUUGAUACUUUCACAGAGUAUUUAAGGUGGCUUAGACAAGUCUCCAAGAUGGAUACAUAAGAUUGUAUUCGGGGCCUACCAGGAGAAUCCAGGAUAAGAUCCUCAUCUUCAGAUCUGUAACUUAAUCAUAUCUUUUGCCAUAUGAGGUAAUUUUUACAGAUUCCAGGGGUCAGGAUGUGAAUAUAUCUUUUGGGGGCCACCAUUCAACUCACUACAAAGAGUUAAGGGAAUCCUUCAUUUACAGGAAGAAGACUCAUCCCUGGUGCACCACCUGGUAGAACAAUGAGUGAAAGGCAAGCCAGAGGGAUGCUCUGAUCUUUUUUAUUUUUCUUUUUUACUGAAAUUUUGAGAUCAAAUUUUUUUUCAUAUUAAAACACACAGAUUCACACACACAGAAAAGCACAGAGUAAUGUAACAAUUUCUACAGACUGUCUUCCCCAGUUGUUAACAUAUUGACAGUUUCUUCAUAUCUUCUUUUGUCCCUGAUAUAAGGAAAUCAGCAUUACCGACAAACUCAUAGUCUCCUAAGUUCCUUUUCUAGGUCCAUUUCCCUCCCUGUCUAUCUAGAGGAAAUCACUUCAUUAAUUUGGUAUAUGACCAAUGUAUGCUUUUGUAGGCUUAUUGUACUUAUAACUAUUCAUACAGAAUAUAUAUGGAAUUGUUAUAUAUAUUUGUGUUAAAAAUGUUUUUCAUACAUGGUCUUAUAUUCUGUGUAACAUUUUGCAGCUUGCUUUUUUCUCUCUCCAGGUUGAAAGGUAUGUGGAUCUAGUUCAUUCAUUUUAACUGACUCUCUAAGCUACAGGUUCUCUCUCUUCUGGUUUCAGAAUAUUUAAAUCCCAGAGAUCUCUGCUUCGCCCAGCCUGGGUACCAUCCUGGUGCCCCUUGGGUCAGUCUGGGGUUUCAGAGAAUGGAUAUUGAAGUUGCUCCCACCAGGAUUGUAUGCCUGCCCCUGUAGCCAGAGGGUCAGGAUGCUUCGUUUGCAGUUCCCAUCAGGAUCACGUGUGUUUGAGGGUUGUUACAAGAAGUGGAGAAAGAUCCCAGGCAGGAAAUAAAACACAGAUUUCCACUCGAGUUUCAAGUUUGGGCUUGGAAAUUCUGUCCUCAGAUGGUUCUGUGCCUUGUCCUUAUGUUGUGACAACUGUAAUGUAGUAUCUUAAUUGGCUCCUGCUUCUCUCUUUUUUUUUUUUCUCUAGAUGUGUACUCAUUGGGGCCAGAGAUUGUCCCUUGUCUCUAUCUUAUUUACUGCAGUGUCUGGCACAUUGGAUGCUCAACACAUAUUUUCGAAUGAAUGAUUCCACUGCUUAGCAUGACUUCCACCUUCGCUUCCUGUGAACAGGUUCCUGCCAGGGAGUUCCAUGUGGCUGUGGUGUUUUGCACCUGCCUUUCGGGCCCAGUUGCAUCACAGCGUAUUAGCUCAGUGGACCUCUCGUGUUGUAGCCUGGAGCAUCUUCCUGCCAACCUCUUCUACAGCCAGGACCUCACUCAUCUCAAUUUAAAACAAAACUUCCUAAGGCAAAUCCCCAGCCUGCCAGCUGCCAGAGGGCUCAAUGAACUGCAAAGGUUCACCAAGUUGAAGAGUCUUAACCUUUCCAAUAAUCAUUUAGGGGAUUUCCCGUUAGCAGUGUGCAAUAUUCCAACCCUGACAGAGCUGAAUGUGUCCUGCAACGCCCUGAGAGCAGUUCCAGCCGCAGUUGGAGUUAUGCACAAUUUGCAGACAUUUCUGUUGGAUGGAAAUUUUCUCCAGUCGCUUCCUGCUGAGUUGGAGAGCAUGCACCAGCUUAGUUAUCUUGGUCUUUCUUUCAAUGAAUUCACUGACAUUCCAGAGGUAUUGGAGAAAUUGACCGCUGUGGAUAAACUUUGUAUGUCUGGAAACUGUAUGGAGACUCUGAGGCUACAGGCUUUAAGAAAAAUGCCUCACAUUAAACAUGUGGAUUUAAGAUUGAAUGUAAUUAGGAAGCUAAUAGCAGAUGAAGUGGACUUUCUCCAGCAUGUCACCCAGCUUGACCUGCGUGACAAUAAACUGGGUGAUCUAGACGCUAUGAUUUUCAACAACAUCGAAGUUCUGCACUGUGAAAGAAAUCAACUGGUGACUUUGCGCAUCUGUGGCUAUUUCCUAAAAGCACUCUAUGCCUCUUCUAAUGAACUUGUUCAACUUGACGUUUACCCAAUUCCAAAUUAUCUGUCGUACAUGGAUAUUUCAAGGAACCGCUUAGAAAGUGUGCCUGAGUGGGUAUGUGAAAGCCGAAAGCUGGAAGUUUUGGAUAUUGGCCAUAAUCAAAUAUGUGAGCUCCCUGCACGCUUAUUUUGUAAUAGUAGUCUCCGGAAACUACUGGCAGGACACAACCAGCUGACAAGGCUACCUGAGAGGCUAGAAAGAACCUUAGUGGAGGUCUUGGAUGUGCAACACAACCAGCUUCUUGAACUGCCUCCUAGCCUUCUGAUGAAGGCUGACAGCCUGAGGUUCCUGAAUGCAUCUGCAAACAAACUGGAAACUCUUCCUCCAGCCACGCUUUCUGAAGAGACAAGCAGCAUCUUACAAGAGUUGUAUUUGACAAAUAACAACCUCACAGAUAAGUGUGUGCCCUUGUUAACAGGGCACCCCCAUCUGAAGAUCCUCCACAUGGCCUAUAACCGACUUCAAAGUUUCCCAGCAAGUAAAAUGGCGAAACUGGAGGAACUUGAGGAAGUUGAUAUCAGUGGGAAUAAACUGAAAGCUAUCCCAACCACCAUCAUGAACUGCAGGCGUAUGCACACCGUGAUCGCUCACUCCAAUUGCAUUGAAGUCUUUCCUGAGGUUAUGCAGCUCCCAGAAAUGAAGUGCGUAGAUCUGAGCUGUAAUGAGCUAAGCGAAGUCACUUUACCAGAAAACCUGCCUCCAAAACUACAAGAACUAGACCUGACUGGAAACCCCCGACUCACCCUCGAUCACAAAACCCUGGAGCUGCUGAAUAAUAUCCGCUGUUUUAAGAUUGACCAGCCUUCAGCAGGAGAUGCCUCAGGAGCCCCAGCCGUAUGGAGCCACGGUUACACUGAAGCUUCUGGGGUGAAGAACAAGUUGUGUGUUGCGGCCCUGUCGGUGAACAACUUCUGUGACAACCGGGAAGCCCUGUAUGGUGUAUUUGAUGGAGACCGCAAUGUGGAGGUGCCCUACCUUCUCCAGUGCACCAUGAGCGACAUUCUGGCUGAGGAGCUACAGAAAACAAAGCAUGAAGAAGAGUACAUGGUCAAUACAUUCAUUGUUAUGCAAAGGAAACUUGGAACUGCUGGGCAGAAGCUUGGAGGUGCUGCUGUCCUUUGUCAUAUCAAGCACGACCCUGUGGACCCAGGCGGGUCCUUCACCUUGACCUCAGCUAACGUGGGCAAGUGCCAGACGGUUCUCUGUCGGAACGGGAAGCCGUUGCCUCUGUCCAGAUCUUACAGCAUGAGCUGUGAGGAAGAACUGAAGAGAAUCAAACAGCACAAAGCCAUCAUCACAGAGGACGGCAAGGUGAAUGGCGUGACUGAGUCCACCCGCAUCCUGGGCUACACGUUCCUCCACCCCAGCGUGGUGCCUCGUCCUCACGUGCAGUCCGUGACGUUAACCCCACAGGACGAGUUCUUCAUCCUCGGCAGCAAGGGCUUGUGGGACAGCCUGUCCAUCGAGGAGGCCGUGGAGGCUGUGCGGAACGUGCCCGACGCUCUGGCUGCUGCCAAGAAGCUGUGCACCCUAGCCCAGAGCUAUGGCUGCCAUGACAGCAUCAGCGCGGUAGUGGUGCAGCUCAACGUCACCGAGGACAGCUUCUGCUGCUGUGAGCUCAGUGCCAGCGGGGCAGUACCGCCGCCCAGCCCGGGCAUCUUUCCCUCCUCCGUCAACAUGGUCAUCAAGGACCGGCCCUCCGAUGGGCUGGGCGUGCCCUCCUCCAGUAGUGGCAUGGCCUCGGAGAUCAGCAGCGAGAUCUCCACCUCGGAGAUGAGCAGUGAGGUGGGGUCGACAGCCUCCGACGAGCCCCCCUCCGGUGCCCUGAAUGAGAGCAGCCCCGCGUACCCCAGCGAGCAGCGCUGCAUGCUUCACGCAGUCUGCCUCUCCAACUCCUUCCAGCGCCAGCUAUCCAGCGCUACUUUCUCAAGCGCCUUCUCUGACAAUGGGCUUGACAGCGAUGAUGAAGAACCCAUCGAGGGCGUCUUCAUCAAUGGCAGCCGGGUGGAGGUGGAGGUGGACAUCCACUGUAGCCGGGCCAAGGAGAAGGAGAGACAGCAGAGCCUGCUGCAGGUGCCACCCGAGGCCAGUGACGAGGGCAUUGUCAUCAGUGCCAAUGAGGAUGAGCCAGGGCUGCCCAGGAAGGCAGACUUUUCUGCGGUGGGGACCAUUGGGCGCCGGAGGGCUAAUGGCUCAGUAGCACCCCAGGAAAGGAGCCACAACGUGAUAGAGGUGGCCACAGACGCACCUCUCCGAAAGCCUGGGGGCUACUUUGCUGCCCCAGCUCAGCCGGAUCCUGACGACCAGUUUAUCAUACCCCCAGAGCUGGAAGAAGAAGUCAAAGAAAUCAUGAAGCAUCACCAGGAGCAGCAGCAGCAGCAGCAACAGCCGCAGCUCCAGCAGCAGCCACCACAGCGGCAGUAUCCGGUGGACCAGCUGCCGGACUAUUAUGAUACACCACUAUGACCCGGUCUGAGCACUAUUGAAAAAUAAACUAACCAAGAAAGACUGCGUUCCAAGAGUCUCCUAGGCUCACAUUAAACCAGGGGUUUACUCCGCCUCCUUCUGCCGUCUCCCUUCCCCAACCAGUCUUUGCAGCUAAUCUGUAGGUUCCUUCUUUUCUGUUGAUUUUUUUUUUUUUUUAAGUACCACUUUUCUCUAGUGAUGCUUUACCAGUAUGAUUUAAAUUUGUUAACUUCUUCCCCUAACAUAUCAGAUGUGUAAAGACAAAGAACAAAAGGUUUAAUAUAUUACAGAGAAACAGUUAAUGUAAUAUUUUUUAAAAUGGCUUUUUGUUGUUUUGUUUGUCCGGAAGGCAAGGCAGGUUGCCAGUGCAAAAUGAUUUAGUAAUUCUGUAUUUCUGUGGGGGAAAGGCUUUUUUUUUUUUUUUGUCUUGAAAAUGAUAGACAUUUGUAGAAUAUGGAGACUAACUCCUAGGAGUUGCUUUACUCUGUCAGGUGACUUAAGUCACUGGGAUUCACUAAUUUUCUCUGAGAGAACAGUUGAUUGAGAAAUUUCUAUUGUAAAUAGCUCAGUGUUGUAUAGUGAUGCUUAAAACGUUUUGUAGUCUUGGCAUAAGGACACAGCCUGAAUAACUGACUUUCCUCUUGCUCCCCCUCUGCCCACCUCUUCCUCAUAACCCACCUUUAGUUCCUGACAUGAUGAGGCUGAGUAGCUAGAGUGUCGCUCCUCAUGCACGGGCGAUCACAGGCCACAAGAAGGGAACCCAGGAGCCUCUGAACCUCCCCCUUCUCCUGCCCCUACCCUUUGACUCUGAGAUACUUUUUAAUUGUGUCCCUUAUUGCUGCCACAUCAGCAUGACUGUAUAGGGUUUAACUAGAUCAUUUACAUACCAAGAGUUCUAUUAAAGCAGAAUGCACAAAUGAACAGGUCAUAAUUUUUGUUAUAAUAAAUAUAAAAUUUACAAGUA